UGCACCUCUGCUUCCCCAGACUAGCAGUUCCCAAGAUGCCCCUCCUGGAGAAAGUCCCCCAUCAGACGGUGGCAAAAACUCCCAGCAGUACAGAGGAGUCUGACUUGCCCAAACUGCCUGUGCCCCCUCUGCAACAAACCCUGGCCACCUACCUGCAGUGCAUGAGACACCUGGUGUCAAAGGAACAGUUCAGGAAGAGCCAGGCCAUUGUCCAGCAGUUUGGGGCCCCUGGGGGCCUUGGCGAGACCCUACAGCAGAAGCUUCUGGAGCGGCAGGAGCGGACAGCUAACUGGGUGUCUGAGUACUGGCUGAAUGACAUGUAUCUCAACAACCGCCUGGCCCUACCAGUCAACUCCAGUCCAGCUUUGAUCUUUGCACGGCAGUGCUUCCAGGACACCAAUGAUCAGCUACGGUUUGCAGCCAACCUCAUCUCUGGUGUGCUCAGCUACAAGGCGCUGCUGGACAGCCACUCCAUCCCCACUGACUGUGCCAAGGGCCAGCUGUCAGGACAGCCCCUCUGUAUGAAGCAAUACUACAGGCUCUUCUCUUCCUACCGGCUUCCUGGCCACACCCAGGACACGCUGGUGGCCCAGAAGAGCAGUGUCAUGCCGGAGCCUGAGCAUAUUAUUGUGGCCUGCCGAAACCAGUUCUUUGUCUUAGAUGUUGUCAUUAAUUUCCGUCGUCUCAGUGAGGGGGAUCUGUUCACUCAGUUGAGAAAGAUAGUCAAAAUGGCUUCCAACGAGGACGAGCUCUUGCCUCCGAUCGGCCUGCUGACGUCAGACGGGAGGAGCGAGUGGGCUGAGGCCAGGACGGUCCUCGUGAAAGACUCCACCAACCGAGACUCACUGGACAUGAUUGAGCGCUCCAUUUGCCUAAUGUGUCUGGACACCCCAGGAGGGGUGGAGCUCAACGACACUAACAUGGCCCUCCAGCUCCUCCACGGUGGAGGUUGCAGCAAGAAUGGGGCAAAUCGCUGGUACGACAAGUCCCUGCAGUUUGUGGUGGGCAGGGACGGGGUCUGUGGCGUGGUGUGUGAGCACUCCCCAUUUGACGGCAUCAUCCUGGUGCAAUGCACGGAGCACCUGCUCAAGCACAUAAAGAAAAGCACCGAGAAGCUGGUUCGAGCCGACUCUGUCAGUGAGCUCCCGGCCCCCAGGAGGCUGCGGUGGAAAUGCUCCCCUGAAAUUCAAGGCCACUUAGCCUCCUCGGCAGAAAAGCUUCAAUGGAACCCUGAAGCAUCCACAGACUCCCAGCUCUUCUCUGCCUCUCUCCCCGUCAUAUCCCACGGGAGACUGGUAUCUACUUAUGAGAGUGCAUCUAUUCGCCGGUUUCAGGAGGGGCGGGUAGACAACAUCCGGUCAGCCACUCCAGAAGCCCUGACUUUUGUGAAGGCCAUGACUGACCACAAGGCAGCCACCUCAGAUUCAAAGAAGCUGCUGUUCUUGAAGGAUGCCAUCCGUGCGCAGACUGAGUUCACCGUCAUGGCCUUAAGAGGCAUGGCCAUUGACAACCACCUGCUGGCGCUAAGGGAACUCGCCCAGGAAAUUUGCAAGGAGCUACCUGAAAUGUUCACGGAGGAAAUGUACUUGACGAGCAAUCACUUUGUCCUCUCUACCAGCCAGGUGCCUACAACCAUGGAGAUGUUCUGCUGCUAUGGUCCUGUGGUCCCCGAUGGGUACGGUGCCUGCUAUAACCCUCAGGCGGAAAACAUCCUCUUCUGCAUCUCUAGCUUUCACAGCUGCAAAGAAACCUCUUCGACCAAGUUUGCAGAUGCAGUGGAACAAAGUCUCCUUGAAAUGCAAAAGCUCUGCCUUCUGCCCCAUCCUGCUGUGGACAAGUCAUCGACAGCCAAGGAAAAGGCUGCAAGCCCCAGCCUGUGA